AUGGAGCGGGUCACUUCCCGCGCCGCCUGCGACCGGAGCAGCUGCUACGCGCUCUUCCCCCAGCGCAGCAGCUUCCUGGCGGCCUGGCAGUCCUGCCGCAAGCUGGGGGGCAACCUGGCCACGCCGCGGACUCACAAGGAGGCGCAGAAAGUGCACAAUCUGGUGGGCGCGGGCCCCGCCAGCCAGCUGCUGUGGAUCGGGCUCCAGCGCCUGGCGCGGCAUUGCCAACCGCAGCGACCCCUGCGCGGCUUCACGUGGACCACCGGCGACCAGCUCACGGCCUUCACCAACUGGGCCUUGCCGCCCUCGAACGGGCCCUGCCGGGCCCAGCGCUGCGUCGCCCUGGAGUGGAGCGGCGCGCACCGCUGGCUGGAGGGCUCGUGCACGCUGGCCCUCGAUGGUUACCUGUGCCAGUUCGGCUUCAAAGACGCCUGCCCUGCGCUCCAGGAGGAGGCGGGCCAAGCCGAGGCAAUCGUCUACACCACGCCCUUCCACCUGGUCUCCACCGCCUUCAAGUGGCUGCCCUUCGGCUCCGUGGCUUCGGUGCAGUGCGAGACAGGCAGCGGCGCCUCCUUGCUCUGUGUAGAGCGGCCCGAGGGCGGUGUGGGCUGGUCGCAGCGUCCGCCGCUGUGCGCCAACACCGGCUGUGCCCGGGACAACGGGGGCUGUGAGCACCAGUGCGUGGAGGAGGAGGACGGGAGCCUGUCCUGCCGCUGCUCUAAGGGCUUCCAGCUGGCAGCCGAUGGGCGCAGCUGCGAGGAGGACCUAUGUGCCAAGGACCCUUGCGAGCAUCUGUGUGAGCUGGGAGGGCCACAGGGCUACAGCUGCCGCUGUUACCUGGGUUACCGGCCAGCUGAGGAUGACCCACACCGCUGCGUGGACACGGACGAGUGCCUGACUGUAGGGGUGUGCCAGGAGAUGUGUGUCAACCACUUAGGGGGCUUCGCGUGCUACUGCAGCGAGGGCCACCAGCUGGGGGUAGACAGGAUCAGCUGCAGCCCUGUGGGUGCCAUGGGAACCCAGGCUUCUCCAGAGCUUGGGGAGGAGCUGCUGGAUGAAGUCGGUGGGGAGCUGCUACAGCGAGUUGAAGAGGAAGAAGAGGAGGAGGAAGAGGAAGAAGAGGAGGAGGAGGACGAGAACAGAGAUGAAGCUGGGGAGGCCUUUUAUGGGGCCUGGACCGCCAUGCCAGACAUGCCAUGGAUGGAGCCCACGGGACUGAAUGGCUUCCACCCGGAUGACAGACCCAGUUUCCCAGGGGCACCUGAACCACAGAGGCCCCAGCCAGAGCCCAGCUGGACGCCCCCACUCAGUGCCCCCCGAAUCUCCUUCCACCCUGCUGUGCUCCCUGUCACUCAGCCGCUGGUGAUCUCUGCCACACGCCCCGCACUGCCUUCCGCUCCCCAGCCCCCCAGGAUCUCUGCCACGCGCCAAGCACGGCCCCCUGUCCCCUGGCCCCCUGUGAUCCCUGCCAUGCACCCAGCUUUGCCUCCUGACCGCCAAUUCCCUGGAAUCUCAGCCAGCUAUCCAGAUCUGCUCCCUGCCCGCCAGACCCCCAUUAGCUCUGCAACCCAUUCAGCAUGGGCUCCUGCACCCCAGCCCCCCAUUUUCUCUGCCACACGCCCAUCCCUGGCGUCUUCCCAUCAGCCCCCCAUAAUCGCUUUGUCCCCCAAUAGCCAAUACCCUGGAAUUUCAGCCAGCUAUCCAGAUCUGCUCCCUGCCCACCGGCCCCCCAUUCGCUCUGCCACACGCCCAUCCCUGGCUUCUUCCCAUCAGCCCCCCAGGACCCCUACCAUACACCCAGCUUUGUCCACUGACCACCAACUCCCUGGAAUCUCAGCCAGCUAUCCAGAUCUGCUCCCUGCCCGCCAGAUCCCCAUUAGCUCUGCCACUCACUCAGCACAGCCCCCUGCACCCCAGCACCCCAUUAUCUCUGCCAAACAUCCAGAACUGUCUCCUGCCCACCAAUUCCCUGUGGCCCAAGACAGCAAGGUCACUGAAACCCAGACCACUACACAUUUGCCUCCAAGUCCCAAUAACCAGGCCCCUCUGGUCAUCACCCCCAGUGCCCAUCAACCCCCUCAAACUCCUGAUCUUCUGGUGGUCAGAGCCCAGACCACCCAGCUUGCUGUUGCUCCAGCUGCUCAGUCCCCUCUGGUCACCACUCCCAGGCCCCCAGUGCCCUCUGUGUCUGCUGCUACCCAACCCCCAGCCCUCUCCACCUCCCUACCCCCUCAAAGCUCCACUAACCUAACCUCAUCCACUAGCCCGUCACACCCCCAUUCCAAAGCCCACCAUAUCCCAAGAGAAGGUACCUCUGACCCCAAGCUGGCCUUCCAGCUGCCCACAGCAGCUCCUACAGACCUGGAGGAGGCCAGUCUGGCCGGUCACAACCUAAGGGAUGACCGGUGGCUGUUGGUGGCCCUGCUGGUGCCAACGUGUGUCUUCUCCGUGGUCCUACUUGCACUGGGCAUUGUGUACUGCACCCGCUGUGGUGCCCAUGCACCUAACAAGCGUGUCACUGACUGCUACCGCUGGGUCACCCAUGCCGGGGUCAAGAACUCAACGGAACCCAUGCCCCCCCGGGGCAGUCUCCCAGGGGUGCCGACCUGCAGAACCAGCGUGUGAUGGGGUACAGCCACCCUCUGCAGGGCUGGAGGAAGAGUAUGCUCUGAACACAUGGCUGAGGCUGCACCAGGGACCCAUGGGGGCCACCCAGCCGGACAGAGGGCUGCCUGCUCACCCCGCCCAGCCACACGUUGCUCUCCAUCAGCAAGAACUUGAUUCCAAGGAGCUCUGCUCCCGGCCCCUUGCUCGCGAAAGAAGAGAGGCUAAGGCCCCAAGACCUCAGGGGGUGGGUGAUGGGUCUUCUCCA